AUGAGCGUGAUAAGAGGGAUUGCUUUCCUCUGUAUCUACGCAAUUUCCCGCUUCUUUUCCUCGCGUCCUCCUUUCCUUCUUUCAUUCUUUGUUGGCUCGCAGGGAUAUCGAUUACUGGUCGUAAGGGGUGGGAUAUCUGGUUCAGCAGCAGAUCCUAAUUACCCUUCUGGUGACUCCGUAACUCAUUGCUUCCUCUCUUUUCAAAGCUUGUGGGUGCUCUGCUUCAAGAGUCUAGUCUAUUUAUCAUUUAACGGAUUGCCGAGCGGAGAAGCGUUAACUACUGGGAUAUCGGGGAGUUCCUCUCCAGCUACUGGAACUUCCCUCGCUACAUGA